AUGAUCCCGCGGUCUCAGAAUAAGGCGGGAUGUCGCGAACACAAAGCGCGGACUGCUGAGUUUAGUUCUAGUGUAGAUAGAAUUAGCGGCAGUAUGUCACGGUCCCAGAAGUGUAUUCUAGUGAAACAGUUGAUUUCAGCUGUCAGCUAA